AUGGAAGGUGAAUCUUCAAGUAGUUUGCAGUUGAUAGAAGAAAAUGUUGUGAUUGAAAUGACAAAUAUAAUUGAAGUAGACGAGCCUAGGGUUGGUAUGAUGGUCGAAAAUUAUAAACAAUUGCUUGAGUAUUACACGGGUUAUGGUAAGCGGUUAGGGUUCCAAGUGAAGAUAAGAUCAUCAACAAAAGUGGAUGAUGGUGAGUUGAAAUACGAUUGUCGACCAAGUGAAAGUGAUGCCAUUGGAUUUGUUGAUGGUCAACCCACGAGUGAAGCGAUUGAUGUACUUGGAACACAAGAAAGUAUUGGGAUGACAGAUUUGCGGAUUACACAAACGGUUAAUGUUGGCAUAAGUGAUGGUCAAUACUCCUCUUUGCAAUUUUGUAAUAACAAUAUGGCCUUGCUAUGGGGGGUCACUCAAAGAGGUCUUGGAAAUCAUUUCAUGGUUGGUUUUUCCAAUGAAGAAGCUCGUCGUUCAUGCGGCCGGCGUCGAUUGAAGAUUAGCAAUUGGGGAAUCCUGAAACUUCUAAAGAGGGAAGAAGAUGGAGGAGGAAUUUAG